ACAAAACGUGUAGGAAAGUAUCAGUUACUGAUUCCUGCUUUAUAGUUACAAUAAUACUUUAUUAUUGUGACUUUAGCGGAAUCAUGUAUCGGCGACCGCUGCAGUCCGCCGUUAGACAGUUAAUAAACGCCUCAGCAUCGAGAGCUGUCCUCGGAAAGGCCAUUGAACAAGUCGUGUGUCAGUCCAGGGCUUUGGUGGCUUGCCGUGUAGCAGCGGAUGCUGGAGUCCCCUUUCAUUCACAAUGCAGAGCUCUUCACAGCACAGGAGAGCUGUGUACUGUUAAAGAGACCCCGCAGACCACAGAUGAAGAGGUGGGAGCCUUCACCAAAAUGAUUGAGGCCAUGGGCUUCACCGGACCCCUCAAAUACAACAAAUGGAAAAUUAAGAUCGCCGCCUUGCGCAUGUACACAUGCUGUGUAGAAAGAAUCAACUAUGACGAAUUUUUUGAAAAAUGCUCACUGCCUGACACGCUCAACUCUUGGUUCUUGGUGGCACAGCUUCAUGUUUGGAUGUGUCUGGUCCGGAUGCGGCAGGAAGGCCGAGCUGGGAAAUACAUGUGCCGUUACAUCGUCCACUCCAUGUGGGAGGAUGUGGAGCAGAGGAGCAAGAUUAUGGGAAUUGAUGCUCAUCAGAGGAAGGAGAGCAUGAAGGUGAUGACUGAGACGUUCUAUGCUGCACUUUUUGGAUAUGAUGAGGGAAUCCUCUCAGACGAUUGCGUUCUUGCGGCGGCGAUCUGGAGGAACAUUUUCAACAGACAGUGUGAAGACCCCAGACAGCUGGAGAUGAUGGUCGAAUAUGUCCGCAAACAGAUGCAGUUCAUCGACGCUCUGGAUGGGGAGGAUCUGCUGUUAACAGGAGAGGUCAAAUGGCGCCCCCUGCUGGAGGAAAACGCACAAAGCAUCCUGAAGGUUCCAAGCCCCACCUACAACGACACCGGCCUCUAGAGCCACCAAUCAGGACGCAGCACUCACCUCAGUAGCCACAACCACUUCAUCUCUGUCUUUUCUCUCCCUCACUUUUUCCUGACUAGUGAGCAUCAGCACACUAUUGAGAAUACAGCACACACACACACACACACACACACACACAUUUAUUCUCAGAUGUAUUGAGAGUAUUAAGGAACGGUUUGCACUCUCCUUUUUCUAAAUGGAUAGAGUAUUCUUAUAUUUAUAUGUAUGUCUUUCCAUACGGCAGCGAUGUUGCAAUAUUUCUAGGAAUAUUUCCUGCUCUCUCACUUGUACCUCUCUCCUCAGUGUUUACGGCGCGACUAGUUGUGUUUUAUUUUUAUUUUACUCUCAAUGUGUUGGAGGAAAAUGUUUCGAGUGUGUGAAUGUGAGUGUAUUUUUUAUUUUAUUUGUCAGAGUUAUCCACCAAUAAAAGCGCAUCGAGUCUCGAGCUCCUCUGACCUCA